AUGGCGGACUUUGAACCUGGAUCUUCGUUCAUACCUGCAUUAUAUAAACCGCCAAGCCUUCUCCCAAUCGCGCAGCAUCGGGAAAGCCUGCAAUAUGCCAUCGAGACUUUUCCCGUAACUGUAGUGAUUGGGCAAACCGGAUCAGGCAAGACGACGCAAAUACCACAAUUCCUGGAUCAAGCUGGCUGGUGCUCUGAUGGCAAGCUCAUAGGUGUGACACAGCCUCGCCGCGUCGCAGCCACAACCGUUGCCUUGCGCGUUGCUGAAGAACUGGGUUGCGAAAUUGGCAAAGAAGUUGGGUACUCUAUCCGGUUCGAGGACUUGACGUCUACGUCAACACGCAUCAAAUUCCUCACCGAUGGACUUCUUAUCAGAGAAGCGCUUGUCGACCCCUUGUUGACUCGGUACUCGGUCAUUAUGGUCGAUGAAGCCCACGAGCGGUCCAUCAGCACUGAUGUCCUCCUUGGCCUGCUGAAGAAAAUACGGAAAAGGCGGGCGGAUCUACAAAUCAUCAUCAGCAGCGCUACUCUUCAAGCUGAGGAGUUCCUACGUUUCUUCACACAAAGCGGCGACGACAAAAGCCAGCCUGCCAAAGAGGCAGUCAAGGAAGAGACUGGGACUAUCAUCAGUUUCGAGGGCCGAACAUAUCCCAUCGACAUUCUCUACCUUGACUCUCCCGCAGAGAACUACCUCGAGAAAACCAUCGACGUAGUUUUGAGCAUACAUGAACAAGAAGGCUCUGGCGACAUUCUCGUCUUCCUGACUGGUAGGGAAGAAAUCGACCAGGCCGUACAAGCAAUCUCUGAACGUUCUGCGACGGCAAACUCGCACUCAACUGGCCUGCAGCCUUUGCCUCUGUACGCAGGACUGUCGAGCGAGGAGCAGAUGCUUGUUUUUGACAAAACUCCAGAGAACACCCGCAAAGUUGUGUUCGCGACCAACAUCGCGGAAGCAUCAGUUACCAUAGAGGGCAUCGUAUUCGUGGUUGACUGCGGUUUUGUCAAGCAGAGAGCAUACAACCCGAGGACUGGCAUUGAAACGCUCACAGCGACACCAGUAUCCAAGGCUUCCGCAUCCCAGCGAGCGGGCAGAGCAGGCCGUACUAGGCCUGGAAAGUGCUUUCGCUUGUAUACAGAGGACAGCUUCACGAACUUGCCUGAGGCCAAUGUACCCGAGAUACAGAGGUCAAAUCUGGCACCUGUCGUACUUCAGCUGAAGGCCCUCGGAAUUGAUAACGUUGUGCGCUUCGACUUCUUCUCAGCGCCUCCAUCGGACCUCGUGGCAAAGGCACUCGAGCUUCUUUAUGCCUUGGGAGCACUGGAUGAGUACGGGAAAUUGACGCGACCCCUAGGCGCCCGGAUGGCAGAGCUUGCAGUUGAGCCCAUGAUGGCAAAGACUCUGCUUGCGUCGCACAGCUUUGGGUGUACCAAUGAGAUCUUGACGAUAGCGGCCAUGACGAGUCUCGACGGCGCGGUAUGGUUCCAUCACGAUGGCGAGAGGAAGAAGAUGGAAACCUCGAGACGCAAAUUUGCCGUGGAAGAAGGCGAUCACCUCACUCUCCUUAAUGCCUACCAGGCAUUUGUCACGAAGGGAAAGAAAGAGACCAAGUUCUGCCACGAGAACCAUCUCAACUACAAGUCGAUGACGAGAGCCGUCAGCAUCCGCAAUCAACUUAAGCGCUACCUUGAGCGGUUCAACAUCCCCGUGGACGAUGCCAUGACAUUCGACCCUCAGGAUCCAGCACGGCGCACACAGCAGGAUCCCGCGCGCAAAGCGGAAAAGAUUCGCCGAUGCCUCACGUCAGGGUAUUUCGCUCAUGCUGCACGCAUGCAGCCAGACGGCACGUUUCGCAAUGUUGCUGGCGGUACCAUCCUCCAUGCCCAUCCAAGUUCAUUGAUGUUCAAUCGGAAAGCAGAUUGGGUCAUAUUCCAUGAGAUCAUGGAGACGGGGGACAAGACUUUUAUCAAAGACAUUACAAAGGUGGAGAAGGACUGGCUGUUUGAAUAUGCGCCCGAGUUCUACCAGCUAUCUACGAAGUAG